AUGUCUGAUUUAACUACUCUUCUUCAAAAUUGUAUGAGCCCUGAUGAAAGUAUUAGAAAACAAGCUGAGAGCACAUUUGAACAAAUGAAACAACAACCAUCUUUAUUACUUCCACAAUUGGCUGUAUUUGCAAAUGCAUCAAGUUCUAAUCCUGCACCAUUGAGAUUAAUUGCAUUAACACAAUUUAAUAAUAUGUUAGUAAAAAUACCUAAAAUAAGAGAUGUGAUGAGUGAUCAAGUUAUUAUGGAAUUAUGUAAAGUACUAAUUGAAGAUUGUAAAGUAGAAAAUGAAUUUAGAGUUGUGUCUAUUCUUUCAAGUGUUAUUACUUCUUUUGCUUUUUCUAUUCAACAAGAAGAAUUACCAUGGCCAAAUUAUAUUCAGACUUUAUUUUCUCUAACUCAAGAACAAGGUAUUAUUCAACAAUGUAUUGCUUUAGAUGCUUUAGGUAAAUCUACUACACAUCCAGAAGCUUCAUUGAUUAUUUCACAUGUCUCAGAAUUAAAAUCAUAUAUUAAUAGAUGUUUAAGUAUUGAUAAUAUUCAGUUAAGAUUAAAAGCAAUAACAUUUUUGAGUAAUGCUGUUGGUUUUAUUGAAACAACCACGGAAGGAAAAAAGUUUAAUGAAUUAUAUCCUCUGAUUAUGCAAACGUUACAACAAUUAAUUCAAAACAAUGAAGUUACAGUUGCUAAUAAUGUUUUAGAUGAUUUACAAGAAUUGGCUUCAUUUUCAAAUUAUUUUUUUGCUGGUAUUCUUCCUACUGUUUCUGAAAAUCUUAUGACAUUAUGUAAUUCUCCCAUUGAUAAUUCUCUUAAAGAAAGUGCUAUGGAAGUUUUACUUUCUCUUAUUCAAAAUAAUACAUCCCAAUAUAAAAAGAGUGGAUUUUUACCUCAAGUUCUUAUUUGUUUAUUAAAUUGGUUAACUAGUGUUAGUGAUGAUGAUGUAGAAGAUUGGCUAAAUGAAAAUACUGAUGAUACUUUAUUUGAAUACGCACAGGAUGCACUUGAAACAUUAACAUCUGCUAUUGGAGGUAAACCAUUACGUGAUACUUUAUUUAAUAAAUGUGUUGAAUUCGCUAAAAUGAGUGAUUGGCCACAUAGAUUUGCUGCUGUUACUUCUUUAGCUCAAGUUAUACAACAUGGAAAGUUUAUCAUUAAAUCAAAUAUUACAGAAGUACUUCAAUUAUCAUUUAGUGCAGUAAGUGAUAAUCAACCAUUAAUUGUUUAUUCAUUAUUAAAUCUUCUUGAAGGAUUAAUGGAAACAUUCCCACAUAUUAUGAUUAGAAGUCAUUUUGAUUCUAUUGUAAAUGCAUUAAUUUUAUGUGUUAAAUCACCACAUUCGAGAAUUCAAGAAAAAGCAUGUUUUACCCUUCAAUCAAUGUUAGAUAAUCUUGGAGAAUGUUCAAAUAAAUUAAUUCCAUUCAUAGGACAAAUAAUGGAUGGAUUAUUAAUAUUAAUAACUACAAAUAACCAACCAAAAACUAUUAGUACAGGAUUAUCUUCAAUUGUAUAUAUUUCAUUAUUAGUAACAAAUCAAAUGGGACAAUAUUAUGAACAAUUCCAAAAAUUAUUUAAUGCUUUAUUACCAAAAUGUACCACAUUUAAUACAUCUGAAAUGAAAGGAAAAAUGAUUGAACUAAUGGCUAUUUUUAAUUCUAAAUUAAAUCCACAAUUCUUUUCUAAUAUUCAAGAAAUUAUUUAUAAUACAUUAAGUGAAUUAUUUAAACAACCAGUGGGUAUUGAAGAUCCAGUAUUACCAUAUGUUAUGUCAGCAUUAUGUAGAAUGGUAGAUUCACCAAACAAAGCUAUUAGACCUAAUUUAGAUAAAUUUAUAGUAUUAUUAUUAAAUAGAAUUGGAUUACCUAUUAUUAAACAAGAAGGUGAUCAAACUGAUGUAAUUAAUGUAACAAAUAUGAUUUCACAAGAAAAAAAAUAUUUGUUUUUCACUAUUAAGAAAAUAGCUGAAUACUUAAAAGGAGAAUUUGCAGUUUAUGCAGAAAAAACAUAUAAUAGUGUUUCACCAUGGUUAGACUGUUCUAAUACUAAUAUUAAACUUGCUGCAUGUAUUGUAUUACCACUAGUUAUUUCUUCAUUAAUUCAAGCAACUGGAAAAUCAGAACAAUUAAAACAAAUUUAUUAUAAUUUAAUACAAAAAUUAUGUCAAUUACUUAUUAAUGAUAAAGCAAGUGAUACUAUUGAAGUUAUUUUAGACUGUAUUCAAAGUAUUAUUAUUACAAUGGGUGAAAAUAGUUUAGAACCACAAAUGAUUAGUUUAUUAUUUGAAACAUUUGAUAAAACAUUAUAUGGAACAUUAGAAAAUAAAGGAGAGGCAUUAAGUGUUUUACCAAUAGAUAAAACUGAAGAUGAAUUAGAUGAUGAAGAAAUUGAAAUGUUAGGUGAAGAAGAUCAAUAUGAUGAUUAUUUACAAAAAAUGUUAAAUACAUUAUCAUCUAUUUGUGAAAAUCAUCUUCAAACAUUCUUUGCAGCAUUUAACAUGAAAUUAUUCCCAAGAAUUAUGAUUUAUUUUGGUCAAACUGAUAAUGAAACACGUUGUAGUUUUGCAGUUUCUGCAAUGGGAACAGUUAUUUGUAAUGGUAAAUUAUAUCAUUAUCUUCCACAUGUUGGUGACCAAUUUAUAUCAUACAUGAAAAGUUCAAGCCCUGACAUUGCAUUCAAUGCAAUUCUUUUUGUUGGUAGAUUUGCUGAAUUAGAAAUACCAGAAUUUCAACCUUUAACUGCAAAAGCAUUAAAUACAUUAAGUGAAAUUUUAACAAGACCAAAGAAUAAAACAUACCAUGAAAUUCAUAGUCAAUUAGUUACUACAUUAGGUGAAAUUAUUCUUCAUAAUCCAAAUAUUCCAAACAAAGAAUCUCUUGUUAAGAGUUUCAUUGGUUUAUUCCCUGUAACAGAAGGAUUUUAUAAAUUAGUUGAAAUUGUUUAUGAUCUACAAACAAAAGGAUUUAUUACUUCUAGCAAUGACAAUGAAACUGCUGAAAUUAUUUAUCGAUUGACAUCAUUUUGUGCUGAUACUAUUGAAGAAGAGGAAUGUUCUAUUGAUACAAAGAAAAGAAUUAUUGGAUUAUUGAAGAUUUGGACAUCAAAUGUUUCUCCAAAUAUUAUUCAAGCAGUUUGGAGUAAGUUAACUGUUGACCAACGAGGUGAGUUAACUGAUUUACAAAAAGAACAACUUUAA